UGGGCGCAUGAGGAGACGGACGGGCGACCCCGCCGCACCACGUGGCGACGGCGACGACCCCAACGAGGGCAAGAAGCCUUCUCUGCGGAAGCUGCUGGAGUACCGCGCAGACCCCAACUCGUUCACGUUCGAGGACACUGGCGAGCGGCGUACUCUGCUCUGCCUGGUGAUCGAGGAGGCGGUGCAGAUAGGCGACUUCGAGAAGGUGGACCUGCUCCUCGACGCCCAGGCAGACCCCAACCGCCGGUCCGAGAACGGCACCUUUCCGCUGCAGUUGGCAGUGAAGCAUUCCAGCGUCGAUUUGACGCGGAAGUUGCUCAAGCGCAAGGCGGACGUCAACCAGCAGGACGCGAAGCUGGUCUCGCCGCUGCACACCGCCGUCUUCCAGGACGACGCCCGGGUGGCGCAGCUGCUGCUCCUGCACCGCGCGAACGUCAACGCGGCGGACCAGGUGGGGCAGUCGCCCGUCUUCUUCGCCAGCAGCCGGGGCCUGGCCUCCUCGCUCGUGGAGGCCGACGCAGACCUGCUGCAUCUGAACAAGAGGGGGCAGAGCGCGCUGCACCUCGCCGCCCACAGCGGCUGCUUCGACGCCG